AACCCCUGUCAAUUUGACUUCAACGCUAAUUUGAUUGAAAUUCACUCGGAAAUGAAUUGCAGAACCUGCCUGAUUAUCUUUUGUUUUCAAGGCGCCGUUAAAAAUUCCAAGAGUUAGCGACACACGAUGGCUUUCAAUUGAAGGGACCGUAUCGCGAAUACUACAGCAGUGGCUGGAGUUGAAGACACAUUUUGGUAUUACUAGCAAUUCUGAAAAAUGUCAUAAAGCAGAAAUUCUGUACGAAAUGUAUAAAGAUGAACGAAAUUAUCUCUACCUUCUGUUUUUGAGGCCAAUACUUGCCGAGUUACUUGCUCUUAAUAAUAGCUUUCAAAGUAACAAUACUGACCCGACGAAAUUACUUAAAGACUUUGCAGUUGUAAUUAAUUCUUUAAAAAGUAAAAUCAUUAGCCCAGAUAAUGAUGUUGAUGUAAUCUCGAUUGAUUUUGAGCAAUAUAUCAAUAAAAGUUGCUAUUUGGGAUAUAACUUCGAAAAGAAAAUAUUAGAGAUGAAAUCCUCCUCUGGGCUAACCGAGGAAUCAGAAAAAUAUAUAAGAACAAUAUGUACAAAUUUUGUAGUAGUGCUUAUCAACCAACUAAAACAAAGGUUACCAGAUAAUUUCGAUACGAUUAAAAAAGUUAAUAUGUUUUCAGUGGGCAAUGUUUUACGUGCAUCGCAUGAGGAGAUAGAAGAUGUUUUAAAACAUUUUAAUUACAGUGAUGAUAUGAUAGAAAAAAUUAUAAUUCAGUAUAAUAGAAUUAAUUUUGUAAAAUGGAAUAAUAUAAGCAAUACAAUGCAAUUUUGGGCAGAAGUUCAAACUUAUACGGAUGCAGGUGGUAACAAAUUGUUUUCCGAUUUGGCGGAAUUUGCACUUCAUUUACUUUCACUACCUUGGUCUAAUGCAGACGUGGAACGAUUAUUCAGUCAGCUAAACUUGGUGAAAACAAAGCUACGCAACAGUAUACACUUAAUUACUAUAAAUGCUAUAUUAAGUAUAAGAUACGGUCUUAAAAGGCAUAAUAAGUGCUGCACAGACUAUGAAAUUCCAAGAAGUUAUUUAAAGAUGAUUGGAACAAAUAAGGCAUACGAAAACCAGAGUAUCGAUUAUAAUAAUCAGUCCGAUGAUAAUUUAUAUAAAAUUAUAAAUGAGUUGUAACCUGCCUAACUUUUGUGAAAACUGAAAGUUUAGUUAAAAAAUAACGUUCGACUGAAAUUUUCAUA